AUGCGCAGAAUGUGGACACGGAAUGCAGUAGGGCGAUGGGCUUUGGGUUCUGCAAUGCGCCACUUUCACAGCACAACAAGUGCAUGGGUCUCUACGUCGCAUUAUCGCAUCACGCUGCGGCGUUCCGCCAUUGGACUGCCUCGUCGUACUGGACGCGUAGUGGAGGCCCUUGGUCUGCGCAAGCGACUCCAGAGCGUCUACCAUGCUCAGACACCUGUAAUUGCCGGAAUGAUCUUGGCUAUCAAGGAGCUCGUGCACGUGGAGAAUGUGCGACAGCUGGCACCCACGUCAGAACAGGAAGAGCCGAUUUGGGUGAACGAAGAGGGUCAUGUCGUCGAUGCAGGCCGAGCGGCGCGCAAGGCGCCGCGCGGUUUCAAGGUGGUUGGUAACCUUAUGGACGAGCAGCGCGAUGCAUCCCUGCGCGCGUCGCGUUCAUGA